UUUUUUUUUCGGUUAGGCCUAGUGAGGCUGACAACCAAUACUGCUGGUCCACUGUUGCUUACCUACAGGUACAGUACGAGCUAUCAUUCCUUAGGGCUUCCUGGCUGCCUCAACCUCGCUGUGCAGCACAAUGUCAACAGCCACAAUCACAUUGGCCUCCAUCGCAGUCGCCGCAUUAAGCUUCAUCGCAUUCAGGAUGUUCUUCAACAGCAAAGACCACUUCCCCGUUGACGGACUCACGGCCAUCGUCACCGGCGGCUCACAAGGACUGGGCCUAGCGAUAGCACAAGAACUCUCCUCCAAGGGCGCCAACGUGGUCAUCGUCGCGCAAGACAAAGGCAAACUCUCUCGAGCCGUUCAAACCCUCAAGUCUCGCGCUGCCCGACCACAGCAAAAAUUCCUUGACCUGUCCUUCGAUCUGCGCUCGCCCGACUCUGCACCCGAGAUCAUAGACCAAGUCACGCGAUGGAACGACGGACGGGCCCCAGAUCAGAUCUUCUGUUGCGCGGGCAACUGUCAGCCUGCCUUUUUCGCCGACGCCAGCAUCGACACCCUACGAGGCCAGAUGGACACUAUAUACUGGUCGGCAGCGUAUAUGGCGCAUGCAGCACUGAAUGCGUGGAAGAAGCCUUCUUCACAAGACAAAAAGUCUGGGAUCACAGCGACGCCGAUACGGCAUAUUAUCUUCACAUGCAGCACGCUCGCGUUCUUCCCUGUCGCCGGCUACUCCCCAUACUCCCCUGCAAAGGCUGCCAUGAAGGCCAUGGUCGACGGAUUGAAUCAAGAGGUGGCACUGUACAAUGGCGCCAGACAAGGACCUGGGCCUGCUCCGGACGCUGAUAUCGCGCUUCAUAUCGUAUACCCCAUGGGAAUCCUCAGUCCUGGCUAUGAAACCGAGAAUAAGACGAAACCGGAGCUUACUUUGGUGCUGGAGAAAGACGACAAACCACAACAGCCGGAGGAGUUGGCAAAGAUUAUACUGAAUCGUCUCAGCUACGGUGAUUUCAUGAUCACCACCCAGCUUUUAGGACACUUGAUGCGUGGAGCAGGAAUGGGCAGCAGUGUUCGCAGCGGCAUUAUGGACGUCUUCUGGAAUUGGCUCGGAUCUCUCGUCAUUAUAUUCGUCACUCCUGAUUUUAUCUCAAAAUGCAGAAAUUGGGGCAAAGAGAAAGGCAUGAACGUCGCCAGAGCAGCUGCAUGAGCUGAAAUGCCUCGUGCACAAGCAACACGGCUCAAAUCCCAAGCUCCUCAAUGUCUCCAGGCACCCACUCCAGCAUGGUAUCAAGAGUCGACAGUAAUUCCGCGUCUGUCAUCUGCUCACCAAAAUCUCGAGCCGUAAAGAGCUCCGCAGCAACUUCUGCAGACUCCAGCUCAGAUACAUCGUCCUUGCUUGGUGCUGAACAGACCGCUAUCAAAUCUUUGCCUUCCCGUGCCAACAAGGCCACUUCGUAGGAACGCUCGACAAUGUGUUCCGGGAUACCGUUCAUGGCUGCACACUGCGUACCAUAAGAGAGAGCACUG